AUGUUCCGUUGUACUAGAUGCAGUGAAGAUACAAGGGACGCUAUCCAGUGCAGUAAUUGUAAAAAUCAUUAUGAUUACCCAUGUUCAGGGUUAACAGAAGCGGGUUACCGCAAACUCGGCGCCAGCAGACAAGCUACAUGGAAGUGCCAUAAUUGCAAGUGCAGUGCCUCAUCUGCUGCUAAGCAAGACAUUGGAUCCCCGAAACCACUUAGUCUGGAGGAUCUUAUGAUUGAAAUUACUAAUGUAAAGCUGACUUUGGCUCCCCUGAUGGAAGUCAUGGCUGACAUUAAGUCAAUAAAAACUGACAUCAACAACCUGCGAUCGAAUGUAGAUCAAUUUACUUCAAAAUUGAAUAGUCUUGACGAAAGGCUUAAAACUGUCGAGAAAGGUCAGAAUGAAGUGUGUCAGCUGAAGGCCCAAAUAUCCAAACUUGAAGAGGAUCUGAAUAGCAACAAUCAGUGGAUGCGGCGCAACAACGUCGAAAUUAAGGGAGUACCUCUCAAGGAUAGGGAGAACUUAUUUGACAUUGUCUCCAAAAUUGGUGCAAAGAUUCAUCAACCAAUCUCGAAACAUGACAUCAAUUUCAUCGCAAGGAUUCCGUCACGUGAGAAUAGAGUAAAACCAAUUGUAGUCUCGUUUUUGAAUCGCUAUUUAAAGGAAGAUUUUGUUGCCGGGGCGCGUUCUCUUAAGUCCCUUUGCCCUGCAGAUAUUAAUCUAGAAGGAACUAAUCGAAUCUAUAUUAACGACCAUCUAACAAUUCAGAAUAAAGCAUUGUUAACGAAGGCUAAGCAGUUGGCAAAGGAAAAUGAAUUCGAGUUUGUAUGGGUGAAGAAUUCAAAAAUUUUUACCAGAAGGGAUUCGCAGUCAAAGGUGAUAGCAAUAAAAAACGAGAGAGACUUGCAAAAGAUUCAAUAA